GUUACUAAACAUCGAUCGUUGUUACUGCUGUUUGCUGCUGGUGUUGUUUUUGCUCUUACUUUCAAUUUUAAAUAAAAAAGAAUUGAGUAUGUCAAAACUCAAGAUAUGGUUUCUUCUUCCUCUCUUGCUUGUGAUGAUUUACUCAGCAAAAUCAGAUGGAUGGGAGGAAUGGUGCAUUGCUGAUGAGCAAACUUCGGACAGUGAGUUGCAAGUUGGGCUGGAUUGGGCCUGUGGAAUAGGGGGUGCAAAUUGCAGCAAGAUUCAAGUAGGCCAGGCCUGCUUUUGGCCCAACACUGUGAGGGCCCAUGCUUCUUAUGCCUUCAACAAUUACUUUCAAAAAUUCAAGCAUAGGGGUGGGAGUUGCUACUUCAAUGGCGCUGCUAUAAUUACUGGCCUUGACCCCAGUCAUAACUCUUGCCACUAUGAGUUUUCACCCUGACCAAAGGAUUAUCAAUUUACAAUCUCCAAGUUUAAGUUCCCAUUUAUAAUUGUAGCAUCCAACACUAUGUUGGUUCCCAUUUAUAAUUGUAGCAUCCAAUACUAUGUUCGUCUCUCUCUCAAU